GGGAAUUCUGUAGGAUUUCUCCGCAACGUUUCAAAAGGAAAAUGAAAACCACUCUCAGUCUCAGAUAUGGCGGAGGUUCUAAAGCUCUUAGCUUCCAUUUCAAGGAGAAUCUCCCCAUUAACUUCAACAACUAUUUCCAGAGUAUUGACAAAAGCAUGGUUGAUUUUCAUCUAUGUUCAAAGGCAACAGCAAACCAAAAAUUAUGCUCAAAUCAAGUUUCUCUUCCACUACCCAUUUCAAGAAGAUCUACUCUUCUGAUCUCUGCUCUACCACUCAACCUCAUUUUACUCUCUCCACCUUCACAUGCUAGAGAGAGACGGAACAAAAGGGCCAUCCCCCUUGAAGAUUACAAGACCAGUGCUGAUGGUCUGAAGUACUAUGAUCUUGUUGAGGGGAUGGGUGCAACAGCUGAGAAAGGAUUUACAGUUCAGGUCCAUUUUGACUGCAUAUAUCGAGGUAUUACAGCUGUUUCAAGUCGAGAAUCUAAACUCUUAGCUGGGAACCGCACUAUUGCACAGCCAUAUGAAUUCAAGGUUGGAGCUCCUCCAGGAAAAGAACGGAAGCGUGAAUUUGUUGACAACCCAAAUGGUCUUUUUUCUGCCCAGGCUGCACCGAAACCUCCAGCAGCGGUGUACUCAAUAACUGAAGGGAUGAAAGUAGGAGGGAAGAGGACGGUUAUUGUGCCUCCAGAGGCUGGAUAUGGACAAAAGGGAAUGAAUGAAAUUCCGCCUGGAGCUACCUUUGAAUUGAAUGUGGAGCUUCUACAAGUAAUACCACCAGAGGCAAACUAAUCCAUGAUGGGUGAUAAGAGGGCCAUCUCAGUUGAAUUUAUAUUCUUGCAUUGAAGCCAUUCUUUUCCCUUACUUGUAGAAGAGAUUUCAUUUGGGCUUAUUUGCAUAUGCUGCAGGAAGCUGCUUUGAGACUGGUUUUGGCAUAUUAGAUGCAGAACUGAAAGCAUAUUUGUGUGGAGCUAAGCCAUGCUUGCUCAACAAAGAAACUAGAAGAAAAUCAUUUUCGAGCCUGAUUCAAAAUUUGAAAUAUUUGCAUCGAAUGGAGAUGCUUCCUUGAUUUUGCUUGGAUGCUGUAGACAAGAUUAAUCUCUGUUAUUCUUUUGAUAUGAUUAAAUUUAGGCCCUGUUUGGUUCGCGGGAA